AGGGUUCUGCAGUGCUCCAGGCAGCAAGUUUUGAAGCAGGAUGGGAAAAAGACGCUGUGUUCCUCCACUUGAGCCCAAGCUGGCAGCUGGCUGUUGUGGGGUAAAGAAGCCCAAACUAUCUGGAAGCGGAACACACAGUCAUGGGAAUCAGGCCACAACUGUACCAGGCUCCAGUUCAGGUCCUCUUCAGAACCACCAGCACACAGAUGGGAAUAAUGGAAGGGAGAACGUAUCUGACUUGACUUUGGGCCCAGGAAAUUCCCCAAUUACUCGAAUGAAUCCCACUUCAGGAGCUCUGAGCCCACUUACUCGGCCCAAUGGAACUGCCAACAGCACCAAGAACCUGGUGGUGACAGCAGAGAUGUGCUGCUACUGCUUUGAUGUACUCUACUGUCAUCUCUAUGGUUUCCCUCAGCCACGACUUCCUCGAUUUACCAAUGACCCCUAUCCACUCUUUGUGACGUGGAAGACGGGGAGAGACAAGCGGCUUCGUGGCUGCAUCGGGACCUUUUCAGCCAUGAAUCUUCACUCAGGACUCAGGGAAUACACAUUAACCAGUGCACUUAAGGACAGCAGAUUUCCACCCCUGACCCGCGAGGAGCUGCCCAAACUCUUCUGCUCUGUCUCCCUCCUCACUAACUUUGAAGAUGCCAGUGACUACCUGGACUGGGAGGUUGGGAUCCAUGGGAUCAGAAUAGAGUUCAUCAAUGAGAAAGGUGUCAAACGCACAGCCACGUAUUUACCUGAGGUUGCUAAGGAACAAGACUGGGAUCAGAUCCAGACCAUAGACUCCUUACUCAGGAAAGGUGGCUUUAAGGCUCCGAUUACCAAUGAUUUUAGGAAAACGAUUAAACUCACCAGGUACCGCAGUGAGAAGGUGACAAUCAGUUAUGCAGAAUACAUGGCUUCCCGUCAGCAUUGUUUCCAGAAUGGCACUCUUCAUGCCCCCCCCCUUUACAAUCAUUACUCCUGACACACGGCUGCAUGACCAGUCCCACUCCCCAGUUGCUGCCAACAGCUACGACAUCAUUGGGGCAGAUGCCUCCUCUUCCUGGUCCAGUUACUUCUAUUACUGCACCAUUUUAUGAUGCUAGCUUCCGUUGCCAAGUCUGCCUUCCAGCUGACCUGGGGGGAGGAUGAGAGCAUGACAGAACUUCAGGGGCCCAAGCCUUAUCUCAGCCUUCCCUCUGAACGGGGGUUCAGUUGGAUUGGGGCUCCAUGCCUAUGAACUGUCGUGAGGUGCAGAAGACCUCUAGGAGUGAAAGUGCCACUUCGGACUGAUCUGUUCUUGUGUAUUACCGACACUCUGGAAUCUUGAGUUGUUUGUUAUGGAAGCCCCCCAGAUCAAGUAGGAUCAUUCCCCUGGCAGUCUGGGCAACGGAGUCC